AGGCUCUGAGACAAAGCCACAGCCCAAGUGAUAUGCCUGUGUCAGACCAAUUCCUGUCCUGAAGGAGGGUAUGCAACCUUCUUUAUUCCCCCUUCACAGACGUCCUUGAGCCCUUGAGACGGAUGUGAGCGAGUUUCUCAGUGCUCAUGCAAAACAACCAUCUAAACAUAACAGAUGACAUCAGCUUGGGCUUUUCAAUUCCUGGAUGGCAGCGGCGUGUUAAUCCAGCCUUCAUCCUGGAUUUCAUAAACUAAAACAAGAGAGCCUGGCAAGAGGACAGCGCUGCUGCUGGGUUGAGGAAAUUGAUGACGGGGAAGCAUGCGGGCAACCCAGUGUAUAAAACUCAUAAACGUGUAGGCAGAGGCUCAGCUACCACUUUGGACAGCUGCUUCCCGCCAGCAAAGACCACGCCGCCCGCGGGAAGCCGAGCCAGAGCCCUCGGGGAACCAUGAAGAGCCUCUUGCUGCUGGCCACGCUCCUGGUCCCUGCGCACCUGGCGGUCGCCUGGAGCACCAAGUAUGCGGUGGACUGCCCCGAGCGCUGCGACAGCGCCCAGUGCAAAAGCAGCCUGCGCUGCAAGCGGACAGUGCUGGACGACUGCGGCUGCUGCCGGGUGUGCGCCGCGGGGCUGGGCGAGACCUGCUACCGCACCGUGUCGGCCAUGGACGGCGUCAAGUGCGGCCCGGGGCUCAGGUGUCAGUUUUACAGUGAGGAGGAUGACUUUGGUGACGAGUUCGGUAUCUGCAAAGACUGCCCCUACGGCACCUUCGGGAUGGAAUGCCGGGAGACCUGCAGCUGUCAGUUGGGCAUAUGUGACAGAGUGACUGGCAAGUGUCUGAAAUUUCCCUUCUUCCAAUAUUCAGUAGCCAAGUCUUCCAACAGGAGAUUUGUUUCUCACACAGAUCUCAGUAAUAAUUUGGGAGAUUAUACAUUUUUCCAUAAAGUUCACCCAGUUUUAUGGAGAAUAAAUAUGAUUGAUUACCAAAACACCUGUAAUAAGAAAAUAACCAAGAUAUACAAAGUUCUUCAAAUUCUUCAGUGA